AUGGCGAAAUUACAUACGUACUAUAUAACAAAUGCAAAGUCUGAGCUCAAAUUUGCAUAUAAUACACUUUCUGAAGAUCAAUUUCAAAAUGAAAUUCAAGAAACAUUAUCUGAUCCUUCUUUUUUUGAUAAUGAUGACGAUAAUAGUGAUUAUGAUGAUAAGGAUGAGGAUUAUGAUCAAAAUAAGGAUGAGGGUGAUGAUACUGAGGCAGCUAAUAAUAAUAAUUUGGAAAUUUCACGAUGGGUUAAUAUUAUGUAUAAAGAAUUGCAAGAACUACUUCAAACAGAAGUUAAAGUAGUAAUUGAUAUUUCUCCUCCACCACCACUGGUAGAUCACGGUUCUCAAGAAUUUAAUAUGGAAGAAGUGUUAGAUAGAAUUCUCACUUAA